AUGAGACACUCAUGGAGAAUUCUUCUCUACCGAAACUACCCUCAAUCAUCUCGCAAAUUUUCCAAUCAUUUCCAGGUACUGCAGAAACACUCUCCUUGUCUGCUUCGCUCUCUGUCUUCCUCACUUCACACACUUCCACUACAAAACUCUCAUUUCUCCAAAACCCCGCAAAAAUCGAAUAUCUAUAAGAAAACCCCAUUUAUUGUUCGUGAUUUUUCAUCUGAAGCAUCAUUAGUUAAGCCCAAAAAAGACCCAGAUCAUCUUUUGCUUAUCUGUUAUGUUUUUGCCAAGUUUGAUGAUUUUGAUAAUAUUGGUAAAGAAUUGGAAUCAAAUGAAGUUGUUAUUAGUCACGAUCUGGUUUUGAAAGUUCUGAAGUCAUUGGGAUCGAAACCAGAUGUGGCUAAGAAGUUUUUUUAUUAUGUUUUGGAGAAGAAUAGUGAGAGAUUGAGCUCUAAAAGUUAUAACUGGAUGUUAGGGAUUUUGGGGGUCAAUGGGUUGGUUGCGGAAUUUUGGGAUUUAAUUGAUAAAAUGAAGAUAAAGGGUUAUGGGGUGUCAGGGAUUACGCGUGACAGAGUGUGGGAGAAGUUUGAGAAAGAGGGGUUAAAGGAUGAUUUAGAGAAGUUAAAAGGGGUUUUUGCGAAAGGAUCGGUGGAUAAUUCAGUGGAAAAGAUUGGGUUGAGAGUGAGUAGGAUUGUUAGGAAUAAGGUUUGGGGAGAGGAUGUUGAAGGGGAGAUUAAGGAUUUGAGUGCAGAGUUUUCAAGUGAUUUGGUGAAGAUUGUGUUGGAGCAUUUGGCAAUGGAGCCAAUGAAGGCUUUGAUAUUUUUUAGGUGGGUUGAGGAGAGUGGGUUGUGUAGACAUGAUGAGAGGAGUUAUAAUGCGAUGGCUAGGGUUUUAGGAAGGGAGGAUUACAUUGACAGGUUUUGGAAGGUUAUAGAUGAAAUGAGGAGUAACGGAUUUGAAAUGGAGAUGAGGACAUUCGAUACUGUUUUGGCACGAUUUAUGAGUAGGAAAAUGAUUAAGGAUGCCAUAGGCUUAUACGAGUUUGCAAUGAAUGGUGCAAAUAAGCCUUCAGCUAAAUGUUGCACCUAUUUGUUGAGGAAAAUAGUGGUGGGUAAACAGUUGGAUAUGGGUUUGUUUUCAAGAGUUGUGAAGGUCUUUACUGGAAAUGGGAAUGUUUUGACAGAUUCUAUGCUUGAUGCAGCUCUUAAAGCUCUAACAAGUGUUGGAAGAUUUGGAGAGUGCAAUAAGGUUUUAAGAGAAAUGAAGGUAGCUGGCUUUGUAGCUAGUGGUAAUUUGCAGAGAAAGAUUGCUUUUGGGCUCACUAGUGCUGGUAAGAAUGAUGAAGCAAAUGAAUUUUUGGAUCAUAUGGAAUCAUCUGGUAGUGACUUGGAUUACAAGGCUUGGGCAUGUUUAAUUGAAGGGCAUUGUGUAUCGGGGAAUCUUGAAAAAGCAUCUGAUUGUUUCAGAAAAAUGGUUGAGAAGAAGGGAGUUUCUGGUGCUGGUUAUGCUGUUGAGUUGUUGGUAAAUGCAUAUUGCUGCAAGAACAGAGCGAUGGAUGCAUGCAAUCUUCUGCGUGAUUAUGUGUGUCAAAAUCAGUUAUGCCCUUGGCAUACUACAUACAAAUUAUUGAUAAGCAAGUUGCUAGUUCAGGGUGGAUUUAAGGAUGCCUUAAAUCUGUUGGGUUUGAUGCAAAGUCAUGGCUUUCCACCCUAUAUAGAUCCUUUUAUUGAGUUUGUAUCAAAGUCUGGAACAGGUGAUGAUGCCAUUGCUUUUAUGAAUGCCAUGACCACCAAGAAGUUUCCAUCUACAUCUGUUGCUCUUCGUAUGUUUGAAGCAUAUUUCAAGGCCAAAAGGCAUGGCGAAGCACAAGAUUUCCUGUCUAAAUGCCCAAUUUACAUUCGGAACCAUGCUGAUGUUUUGAAUCUCUUCUGUUCCAUGAAGUCAAGUGAAGAUACUACUGCUGCAACUGUACCUGUGUAG